AUUUAUUUUCUUCCCAUAGCUCUUCAGAGCUUUUAUGCCUGAAAAUGGAAACAGCUCUCAGCUUCAGGAGCUCCACUUUCGUCCCAGUCACGACGUCGUUUCCUCAGUCCCCUGCGAAGCUCAAUUUAUUGAGAUUAAAGCGCUCCAGACGAGUGCAAAAUCGGCAGAAUCAUUGUCUGUUGAUAGUGAAGUCUUCUGGGUCGAGCAUCAAUGGGUCUUCUGACCCGUCUCCAGUCUCACCGAACAAUAUUUUCGUGGAAGAGGCCAUUGGAGCAGAAUAUGGAGAGGGGUUUGAGACAUUUAGAGCGGAUGGAUUAUUCAAAGUUGAUGUAGAUUUUCUAAAUGAUAGACUGCAAGAAGGUUUCCUUCAAAGAAUUCGGUAUGCAAUGAAACCUGACGAAGCUUAUGGAUUAGUUUUCUCUUGGGACAAUGUAGUGGCAGAUACUCAAGCUCUAAGGUUGAAUGCCUGGAAGCAACUUGCUUCUGAAGAAGGGAAGGAAAUUGCCGAAGAUGAUAGUAUGCAAAGACUUUUGCUUUAUGCUGGUGUCGAUCAUGUACUAAACAAGGUGUUGCGGUGGGAGAAGGAAGAAAAUGAUUUGGUUCGAUUGAGGUUAAGGUUAUCACAGUUAUUCUGUGACAAUCUACUCCAACUCUCGAAACCAAUAGAAGGGCUGAAGGAAUGGCUUGAUGCUAUAUCAACAGCACGCAUUCCUUGUGCAGUUGUUUCAAAUCUAGAUCGAAAACAUAUGGUUGACGCCUUAGAACACCUGGGGCUCAUGAAGUAUUUUCAGGCUAUUGUGUCCGAGGAAGACGGCAUGGAAUCCAUAGCACACAGGUUUCUUUCUGCAGCGGUAAAGUUGGAUAGGAAGCCAUCUAAGUGCGUGGUGUUUGAAGACGACCCUAGAGGCAUAACAGCGGCUCACAACUGUACAAUGAUGGCUGUAGCACUCAUCGGUGCUCAUCCAGCGUAUCAUUUGGAUCAAGCUGACAUUACAGUUGGUGGGUACAAUGAGCUUUCAGUCAUCAAUCUGAGGAGAUUAUUUGCGCAUAAAGGCUCCAACUUUAUGGACCUGGAGAAGCAAAUAGUGGAGAAAAUUCCUCCCAGAAGGAAGCUGAGAAUUGACACCAUUUUCUGAUCCAAAUCCAACCCUGGCCUCUUUCACCUCACUUGUAAAUUUUUCAUUAGGGUAGAUCACAGUCAUCAUUUAGGGCCUCCUUUUGGUUCCUUUAUUUUAUUUUUCAUUUAGGAUUUAUAUAUAAAUAGUAGAAACCACAAAGCAUGUAUUUAACACAAAUAUUUGUCUUUUUAUUAUGGGAAAAGUUUCUUUUUUUUUUUUU